AUGGCUGCAAGAGUAAGAGUUGGUAUCAAUGGCUUCGGACGUAUCGGAAGACUCGUGACCAGAGCUGCAAUUGAGAAUCCUCACGUUGAAGUAAUUGCAAUCAACGAUCCUUUCAUGGAUCUUGAAUACAUGGUCUACCAAUUCAAGUACGACUCAGUCCACGGCAGAUUCCCAGGAACAGUCGAAGGCAGAGACGGAAAACUCGUCAUCAACGGCCACCAAGUCGCUGUGAUCGCUGAAAAAGAGCCAACUCGUCUACCUUGGGGUACUCUUGGAGUUGACUACGUUUUGGAAUGCACUGGAAUUUUCACUCAAAUGGACAAGUGCAUGCUCCAUGUCCAAGCUGGCGCUAAGAAAGUCAUCCUUUCAGCCCCUCCUAAGGACGAUAUCCCUAUGUUUGUGAUGGGAGUCAACCACACCCAAUACCACUCAGAACUCCACGUCGUUUCCAAUGCUUCAUGCACCACCAACUGUUUGGCUCCUUUGGCCAAGGUAGUCAACGACAACUUCGGAAUUGUGGAAGGACUCAUGACUACAGUCCACGCUAUGACUGCUACACAACUGACUGUUGAUGGACCUUCAAAAGGAGGAAAAGACUGGAGAGCUGGCAGAGCUGCAGGAGUUAACAUUAUUCCUUCAACCACUGGAGCUGCUAAAGCUGUAUACUAUAUCAAUUAGAUUAAAUUUAUUAGCAUUUUUAAGUCCGUUUUAAGUGGCAUAUGAGUUUUUUUGCAGUGAAGCCCUGCGAGGUGGCAGAGCGAAGCCGUCUUAAGCCAGGGGCAAAACCUUCAGCUUAUAGGUAGAUGUGAAGGCCUUGCCAUUUUCAACUGGGCAGACCCCCAUUUAUUAAUCUUGCUUACAUUCCCUCUAUUCCGAUCCGAGAAAGAACUCAAUAGCUUUCGCCAUUCAGGGCAAGACACAGCAGCAGCUUAGGCAGGUAUAUCGCCCUGCCUCAUAUUACCCAUUGGCUAGACGUUGCAGGUAAAAAAAAUUGCAUUUAACUGUCCAUGGAUUCAGGACCAAAGCACGGCUUCUGGUCUUACGUCCCUCACUUUGGGGCUACUGACUUAGCUAGGCCAUAAAACGCUAAAAACUAUGCCCAUAAACAUAAAGUCACCUGUCACUGAGGGACAGAUCUCUCGUCUCCAGUCAUUUUAUUUAUUGCAAACUAUAUCAAUUGAUUUAUUUUUAAUUUUUUUAAAAAAAAUAUUUUUUUUUAUUUUUGUAAAAAAGAAUAGGAAAAGUUAUCCCUGAAUUGAACAAUAAACUUACUGGUAUGGCUUUCAGAGUCUCAAACCCUGACGUCUCAGUCGUCGAUCUUACUUGCAAACUUGCACGUGAAGCCACUUACGCUGAAGUCGUUGCCGCUUUAAGAGCUGCUGCUGAAGGACCUUUAGCUGGAAUUCUUGGAGUUACUGAUGAAGAAGUUGUGUCCUCUGACUUUAUUCAUGAUAGCCACUCAUGUAUUUUCGAUGUCAAAGCUGGAAUUGCCUUGAACAAGACUUUCAUGAAAUUAAUUGCUUGGUACGAUAACGAAUGGGGAUACUCCAACAGAAUGGUUGACCUCGCUGUCCAUAUGGCAAAGACAGACGGCCUAUCCGCCUAA